CAACAUCUCACUUCUCUCUGAGAGCUCGAAAUCCGGUAUCGUGGAAGGCUUGGUUCAUUGGCAGAAGAUCAACUGCCAUCGUCUCUUGAAUUACUGUGGAUAAAGAGGUGCCCUUCACUAGAAAAAAGGUAUCGAAAUCAGAAAGGGAAACACUUCUCUAAGAUUGCUCACAUUCCUGCCAUCAUGAUAAAUGAUAAAGUCAUAAUAUGAGCUGCUGCAUCGGCAGGCAGGAAUCAUCCGCAGAAUUUGAGGAUGAGAACGAGUUCUUGAGCUAUCAUAGAGCUUGCAUAAGUGCAGAUGAUGAAGAAGGGUCUUGCAGCUCUCAGGAGGGCCUUUUUCCCGGUUGUCAUGAACCCGAAAGGAUGUGUAGCUUCCACCUCUCACCCUCCUUGGUGGCAGAAGUUCUUCUUGCUUUGGAUUACUCGCUCAUAUUUGGAAUCAUCUCCAAAGACUUUGAAUCUCCAGAAUGUGUUUGGGAGAGAAGAUGGUUACAUAAUGAUGUCAAACUUUAAACCAAAUUUAAUCAUGGGUGAAGGGCAUAGCAAUGUUGUGGAUUGGUGGAUAUUGGCAAGAUAAUAAGUAAAGCAAAACAAUGCUUGCUGUGAUGGUCCAAGUCAACAUGGACCAGAGUUUGAAACAUUUGCAGCAGAGGCCUUUCAUGCAUCUCCCGCUGUCAUAGUUGCAAAUGCUUUUGACAUCUUUUUAUUUUUCCAUAGAUUAAGUGCUAGUCUAGGCCAUUGUGAUGGUAUCAUGCUAUCAAUAGACUAAGUUGCAGGAGAUAAAGAGCAUGAUGGUAUGGUUUAGUUUGUAAAGAAACACCUUGUAUAAAUGGACAUAUAAGUAACAAAGGAUCUCUGUUCUAAACUUCGUCUUCCUUUAUUGCAUUAG